GGAGAGCUUUUAGCGGCGUGGCGGCCCUUCGCGGGGGUCUCCUCCUCCCUCCAUGGCUUCCUGGGGUCCCGCCGUCGCGCUCUGGCUCGCCCUGCUGGUAGGCCCGGCUCCAGGGCACGGCGGGGCCAUUGCCGAGGACAGCGAGUGGGUCAAGCUGCCCAGCAAAUGCGAAGUGUGCAAGUAUGUGGCUUUGGAACUUAAAUCCUCCUUCGAUGAAACUGGCAAGACCAAGGAGGUGAUUGACACAAAGUACGGCUUUUUGGAUGGCAAGGGAUCCAAAAUCAAGUACACAAAAUCGGACAUUCGCCUUAUUGAAGUGACAGAAAACAUCUGCAAGAGGCUUUUGGAAUACAACCUGCACAAAGAGAGAACAGGAAGCAACAGAUUUGCAAAGGGUAUGUCUGAGACCUUUGAAACACUGCAUAACUUGGUACACAAAGGAGUCAAGGUGGUGAUGGACAUCCCUUACGAGCUGUGGAAUGAAACCUCUGCGGAAGUGGCCGAUCUAAAGAAGCAGUGUGAGGUAAUGGUGGAGGAAUUUGAAGAUGUGAUCGAAGACUGGUACCGGAACCAUCAGGAAGAAGACAUUUCCCAGUUUCUCUGUGCAAACCACGUCUUGAAAGGAAAAGAUACCAGCUGCCUGACAGAGAAGUGGGCUGGCAAGAAAGGCGACAUGGCAAGUUCAAGGCCGAAGAAGUCUAAGAAGAAGGAAGGCAAAGGCAAGAAGGCUUCGAAAAGCAAAAAGAGUGGCAAGGACAAAGCAGGGCAAGAAGGGGAGGGUGAGAAACCGAGAGUCCAAGAGGUCCCUGACCAAUCAGAGGAGCAGGAUGAAGCAAAGGAUGCUGGGAAGGAGGCUACGCUUUCACACAGGCCGGACGAACUGUAGGCAAGGUGCCAGCCAGCCAUGCUUUUCCUCGCAUGGACUCGCAAGCUUGUAUUCAGGCCACUGAGAAUUGCUUUCGCCCACCCGAGUUGCAAGAUGGAGAUUUCUCAGCUUCCUCGAGGGGGAAGUGCCAGGCUGUUCCUGACGGGCAAGGAUCGCGG